AGGUAAUAUAAGUUAUUCAUAACACCUGUCGAAAGAACUGAUUCUUUUGUGUCCAUUGUGGACUCAUUCAUGUAAUUCUUUUGAGUUAUAUAAUGGCUGUUCAGAGUUCCGGAAAAUGUGUAUUGAUUAAUGCGCCUUUUUGCAUUUUAACACAUGCAACUGUACUAGUUCUUUCGAUAUGCCUGAGGUUGCUAUUGCUAACCUGUACGUCAAGGAUUGCCGCCAUACUGUCGAAGUAUGAACGUUCUGUUUUACUUCAGACGAUGAAUUUAUUAGCUCUACAUCGAGGAAACACAAUGUAGUGUGUCUUUAAUGGAUAAGGAACUUUUUUACCACCAUUUCUCAUACAUUUUAAAUACACUUGAACGUGAAACAGAAAAAAAUGGUCUAGGAAUGAUGUCGCAUAAUGAACGGUAACUCUCAGGUGCAUCCGGAAAAGGUCUCCCCUGCUGACCGUGUGGACGAUGGCUUUGACGGUCCACUUAAAAACAGGGGCUGCACUGACGUUUUCUUCCUCUUACUAUUCAUUGCUGCGUUGGGGGGAAUGGGCUAUGUGUCUUAUCUAGGCAUCACGAAAGGGAACCCUAACAUGCUGGUUUACGGGGUCGACAGCUGGGGAAAUGUGUGUAAUCAAAAAAAUGAAAUUAUCCCCAACGUAACCAGCUCUGGCAAGGACAUGACUGGAAUUGCAAACCUAUACCACUACAACUUCCUGCAUUCAGCCAACCCAACGGGAAACACUGUAAAACUGUGCGUUAAAUCUUGCCCUACGACGGACAUCGCUACCGUGACAGCUUUACAAGAAUUUGCCACUGUGAAUGACUCUCGUCUUUGCCACUAUGACGUGAGUGUCUCCAGCUACCACGUGGGUUCACUUGCUGCUGAUGCCACUUGUCCACCACUGCCAGUACUGUCUACUGCGAGCAUCCUUCACCGUUGUAUCCCUGCCGCUGCUAUUAAUGCGGCUCAGUCUGUGGCAUCAGGCAUGUCCACUGUACUUAAUGCCUUGGACGAGGAUUUUCUCCAAAAGCUUACCACGGACAUGGAGACUGCGUGGCGCGAAAUGGCAUAUCUUAGCAGUGGCUCUGUAGGAGUGGCUUUGAUAAUUUUGGUUCUGCUGCGGUUCUUUGCUGGCGUCAUCAUAUGGUUAGUAAUCAUUGUCUGCGCACUGGGAAGUUUGGCUGGAACUGGAUUUUGCUGGUACACCUGGUACACAUACAACAAGGCACUGAAUGAAACACCUGUAUCCGACCAAACUGACGAAGACAAGGAACUGGUGACAAGAUGGCUGAUUAUUGCUUGUGUGGUGUCAGGCAUUACGUUGAUCAUUCUACUCAUAUUGCUGGUCAUGAGGAAGAGAAUUGCUCUGGUGGUUCAGCUAUUCAAGGAAGCGGGAAAAGCUAUUGCCAAGAUGCCAGUAAUCUUGCUACAGCCAAUUUGGACAUUCCUAGUGCUCGCUGCAAGCCUUGCUGGGCUUGGAUACCUGUUUAUGUACUUAGAGACUGCAGGCGACCCAGAAAUCCAUUCCUCGGGUCAGGUGUUUUAUAAAGUAGACGAGCUUCUUUUCUAUCUUAAGUGGUACCACAUAUUCGGCACACUGUGGAUCAUUCAAUUCAUCAUUGCCUGCCAACAGAUGGUCAUUGCGGGCGCCAUUGCCACUUGGUACUUCCACAGAGACAAAAGCCAAAUAGGGUAUCCUGUCCUCGCAUCUACAGGAAGACUCAUCAGAUACCAUUUGGGCACCGUGGCUUUUGGGUCGCUGAUUAUUGCUAUUAUCCAGCUCAUGCGAAUGAUACUUGCAUACGUCGAAAAGAAACUAAGAGGAAGAACCUCUAAAAUCGUCGAUUUUUUGCUCAAAUGCUUGAUGUGUUGCCUAUGGUGCUUCGAGAAGAUACUCAAAUACAUCAACAGGAAUGCCUACAUCGAAACUGCUAUCUAUGGUUACAACUUCUGCAAAGCAGCCAAGAAAGCGUUCACGCUGAUUGUCACCAACGCGUUACGUGUGGCCGCCAUUAACACAGUGGGCGACUUUCUGCUUUUUCUCGGCAAACUUGGCACCGCUGGCGUGGUAGUAGCAGUUGGGCUGGAACUUCUUAAGACUAAGCCUACCCUUCACUACAUUUGGGCGCCACUGCUAGUUGUAGGUCUCUUUGCCUUUUUCGUGGCUCAUGUGUUCCUGUCGGUGUAUGAGAUGGCCAUUGACACCGUGUUUCUCUGCUUCUGCGAGGAUUGUGAGCGCAAUGAUGGCGUGCAGAAACCAUACUACAUGAGCAAAGACCUAAUGAAAUAUGUGGAGAACAGUAACGAAGCCAUUGCCAACGCCAACAGACAAGACGCAAAUCCCAAGACACCGACUCCCAUGUAAACAUUCCACAUCACUUCCGAUACAAUAUAUGAAAUGCACUCUAGUAUUUCAAGAUAACUCAUUACUUAAUUUUAUUUGCCAUGCAUUGAAUAUUGUGCAAGAUCUUUACCCAUGACAGACUAAUGAAUUUAUGUUCACUCUCCGUCCAAAAUGUCAUUAGGUAGACGAAUGUUGUAAUUUUUACUGUGAUAUACAUUUAUACUUUUUAAAGGAUGUCUGUUUAAUAUUUUUUCUAACAGUUGUGGAAGGUUUUAUUCGAAAUCAUUUAUUUGUUAUGAAUUUUGCCAAUUUUAAGUAAAGCGUUAUAUAUUAAAUUUACAUUGUGUUUCCG